UGACGUACCGCGGGCGUAGUCUGCACACAGGCCCCCUCAAACAUCGACUUAGAUCGCCUCCAUACCAUCUCUAUUAAUACUGUGUGUAUAACAAAAACCGGGGAACUAAAAAUUGAUAAAUGAGUCGUCAAUCUUGAGUUUUCGUGACAAACUCAAAUCGCCUUCAUUUGAUUCUUCUUUGACUGCUGUUGUGUUCUUUAUACAGAGACCCGUCUUGCUGUUGGGUUACACGAUGCAGUGGUGCAAGGUUGUCUUGACGUUGAUGUCGCUCUCUGUUUGUCUAUGUUCUCUUUUUGCCACGGCCCAGCAAAGACCCUAUUGGGAGAGGAGUGGAUGCCAUCUAGUCGGUUACUCUACCUUGGUUCAGAUACCAGGCUGCCAUAAGACUAGGGUGGAUAUGAAUGCAUGCCGAGGCUACUGCGUGACCUACACACUGCUGUCAACAUUCAACCAGAUCGUUAGUAACAACAUACGCUAUUCAUCGCGUGGUACCUGCUGCGCUAUAGGAGAUACACACGAUGUAAUCGUGAUCCUCGCAUGUGAAAACAACGAACAGAAGAGUGUAACGUAUAAGUCCGCUGCCUCCUGCUCAUGCACACUGUGCACCCAGGAAGAUGCCUCGCAAUUGAAUAAUGUAUAGCACCAACGAAACGCCCUCUAUUGGGAUCAACAAUAUAGUUUGAAUCAUCCUUGAGGGCGCUGUUCUCUCACUAUGAGUCGUGUAUAAA